AUGAGUGGACCGAGAGGAUCAAACGUUGUCUUUGUUGGAAACAUUCCAUAUGAACUCACUGAAGAUCAGUUAACCGAUGUUUUUAAAGAAGUUGGACCAGUAUUGUCUUUUCGUCUUGUUUUCGAUCGAGAUACAGGUAGACCUCGAGGAUAUGGUUUUUGCGAGUAUCAUGAUUCCGAGACCGCAGCAAGUGCUGUUCGUAAUCUAAAUAAUGUAGAGGUUGGCGGGAGACAAUUGAGAGUUGAUUAUGCUGAUGGUGAUCCUGCAGCUUCUUCUACAACAGUUCCACAAGUCGAUAGAUCGACACAACAACCGCUAUCGCAAACCGCUAUAGAAAAUCUAUCUCAAGCUGAACAAAACUCAAUGAACCAAGCUCAACUUCUUGAGAUUUUAUCAACAAUGAAGUUGUAUAUUCAAACACAUUAUGAACAAGCUCGUAUAUUAUUAACGCAAAAUCCUCAAUUAUCAUAUUCGUUGUUUCAAAUAAUGGUUCAAUUAAACCUCAUUGAUCCAUCAAUAUUACCGAGUCUAUUGGUUCAAAACGCACCACAGCAACAGAAUCAACCCACACCGGUACAAAGUUCUAGUCAAGUAGUUGGUGGUGUUAACUUUGGUCCUCCAAACGUAACUCCAAACGUUCCCCCGGCUCCCGUAGUACCACAACACCAACAGCCGCAACAUCAGCAACCGCAGCAUCAACCACACCAACAACCGCAGCAUCAACAACAUCAACAACCGCAGCAUCAACAACCACCACCACAUCAACCACCACCACAACAGCAACAACAGCCGCCACCAAUCCGAUGA